GCGAGAGAGAGCGAGGGCUCCGGGGACAGAAGGAGCUGCCGCUGGGAGAUGCCACCUGCCCCACACGCUACACAGCGCCAACGGACUCCGCAGCGCAGCGUGAAGGAGGAGGAAUGCAGUCAGGGAAGCGCAGACCGGGUGUGUUCAGCGAUGCCACAUUGUCGUUUUCCGACGAGGAGUGGCUACAGUUGUCCGCCUGGCAGAGGGACCUCUACACGAGCGUUAUGAAGGACACCAUGGAACUUUUCUCUUCCUUGGAUGAAAGGUUUAUGAGAAAUGGAACCAAAGCCGACGGAAGGGAUUGGGAAACCGGCGGGGAAUCCCCGGGUUCCCUCACAGAGGAGAGCGUUCAGGAGGACGGCAUUAUCCAGAGUGCAGAGCGAGCGCUAUCCCGGGACAGCGAGGGAGAAAGCGUGAUUAUUCCACAUGCAGAGCGAGCGCUAUCCCGGGACAGCGAAGGAGAACUCGCGAUUAUUCCACGUGCAGAGCGACUGUUAUCCCGGCACAGCGAGGGAGAAAGCGUGAUUAUUCCACGUGCAGAGCGAGCGCUAUCCCGGGACAGCGAGGGAGAAAGCGCGAUUAUUCCACGUGCAGAGCAAGCGCUAUCCCGGGACAGCGAGGGAGAAAGCGCGAUUAUUCCACGUGCAGAGCGACUGCUAUCCCGGGACAGCGAAGGAGAAAGCGCGAUUAUUCCACGUGCAGAGCGACUGCUAUCCCGGGACAGCGAAGGAGAAAGCGCGAUUAUUCCACGUGCAGAGCGACCGUUAUCCCGGGAAGGUGCAGACUACGUCGGGAGGUCUUUCAUCCAGGAGACGGCAAAGACAGCGGUGACAGAUCGUGGAGGAGACUGUGGUCCAAUCAGGGAGCGGUUUGCACCAGACAGCCCCAGAGACGGCUUCUUCUGGCCGAGCGACAGCCUUUCCUCUCGUGGUUCUAAAGGGGUCCCCCAUGAUGGACAAGCUGCUUAUGUUUCUGUGGUCUCAAGCCCGGUGGACAUCGGCGACACGUUCCCAGGUUUGUUUCAAGUCAUUAAAGUGGAAGAAAUGGGAGACAGAAAAGGAGAAGAGAAGGAUUUCUCUAGAGAGGAGUCAUUUCCAGAUCAAAACGGUGGAACAUCAAAUACCGAAAUGGGGCUGGAAGACAGGGUCUUUCCUUUGGCCCUAAUGGGACCCCAAAGUAAUCCCGAGUCACAGUUUGUGUGGUUGCAACAAGGGAGGAUUCUCUUGCAGGAAAUCUCGCUGCCGGUGAGCGUAAUCGCAAUCCCCGCGAGCAGUCAGGCCAUUGUGCCGAAAGACGUCGGUGGAAUCUCUGGUUUUACCAAAAGCGCCAGGAGGAGAGGCGGGGCAGGUAAGUACUACUCCUGUGCUACAUGCGAGCGACGUUUCCUGUAUAAGAUGCAUCUGGUGAGACACGAGAAGACACACAAGCCGACGCAAAGUUUCUCCUGUGCCACCAGCCGCAAGGAGUUUGCUCUAAGUAUGGAUCCAAUGGGCACCAAGGAGACGUGGCCAGAACGUUACAGACUCCACCGCUUCCCCAAAUCCGUGUAUCCUUCCCGGCAGAAGACGGACAGACCCCCGUUACUGGAGCACGGAGACGACCCAGAGCUCACGGGAGAGUCGUGCUCCGAGCUCCACCAGCACUUACAGCUCUCCACCGUUUUCUUGCAGAACCUGAUCUCCUCCACCGGCUGCUUGGAGUAUGACUAG